AAUAUGGAAUCGUAAUCGUUUCGUUUUCUUUCAUCUAAAUAGUCCGUCGUUGAUAUUUAUUUGCUUAUGUAAACAGUAUCUUGUAUUAAUUUAUGUGUAAUUCGUUGUGGAUAGCUUAUUUUAAGUGUUACAAUGAGUUCUAAAAAGGGAAGACGUCAUGGAAACAAACAUUUUCCUAUAGCUGAAUCUGUGAGCAUAGCACUGAAGAUUCAGUUGGAUAAGUUCAUUAGUGAUGAAAAUGAGACUGAGCUUAAGUUUCCCACCUUCUUGUCUGCGCAAGAACGAGGAUUCAUCCACGAGACGGUUGCUAAACUCGGGCUGAAGUCGAAAUCGCGCGGGAAAGGUGUGAAUCGCUACAUAACUAUAUACAAGAGGAUUGGCUCAACAAUAAUACAGAAUGAUGCCAAACUCAUAUUGGACUCCAACAUGCGAUGUACCAUCAAGGAGUUGCUCAGUGCAUUUCCCGUCACCAGUAAGGAGAAGGAUGACCUUAGCAGCUGUCCGGAGAAGGAAAGAAGUCCGCAGCUCACACAUAAGACCAUGGGACAGCUGAAUAAUGGAGUUGCUCAGGUACCCAACACACAGUACAAUCCAGAUCUGUUAAAGUUCAGAGAGAAGCUACCAGUGUAUGAACAAAGGCAGGAGCUCAUCAAUGCAAUACUACAUAACCAGGUGAUAAUAGUAGCGGGCGCGACCGGGUGCGGUAAGACGACCCAGCUGCCGCAGCUGGUGCUGGACCAGUGCCAGGAACAGAAGCUGCCCGCGAGGAUCUACUGCACGCAGCCACGACGCAUCUCCGCUGUUUCAGUAGCUGAGAGGGUGGCAUACGAGCGCAUGGAGAAGAUAGGCCAGUCCAUCGGGUACCAGAUCCGCCUGGAGUCCCGCGUCAGUCCGCGCACCGUGCUCACGUACUGCACCAAUGGAGUACUGCUCAGGACGCUCAUGGCCGGGGACGCGUCGCUCACAGGAGUGACGCAUAUAUUCGUGGACGAGGUGCACGAGCGUGAUAAAUUCAGUGACUUCUUACUGAUUGCACUCCGGGACGCUCUGCCGCGCUGCAAGGACCUCAAACUCAUACUCAUGUCUGCCACCAUGGACACGCAGAUAUUCUCACGGUAUUUCAACAACUGCCCAGUGAUUACAAUCCCGGGUCGUCUACACGAGGUACAGAGGUUCUAUCUGGAAGAUAUCCUCAAGAUCUCACAGUACAAGACUCCUAAAAUGAUACAAGUUGAGAAGGAACUGAAAGCGAAGCUGAAAAGUGGAAAUAGUUAUUGGUCCCACCUUGAGGGUCAAAAACAAGACGACGCAGGCAGCAGUAAAGAUAUAAAGGAAGAUAAAGACAACAUGAUGGAGCCUUCUUUACAGGCUGACAUGGACGAGUUCCUCGACGAAUGCUUCAAUGAAGGCACGCUGGACUCGUUCACGCAAAUCCUGUACAUGUAUAUCUCGGAGGGCGUGCCGGUGUCGUGCGGCCAGUCGCGGUCGCGGCGGACUGGCCUCAUGGCGGCCGCCGCGCGGGGACUCACAGAGACCAUCGCGCAGAUGUUGCAGAUUGGCGCCGACCCCACUGCAAAGGACAAAGACGGCAAAACAGCAUACGAUUACGCUGUAGAAAACAACCACACAGAUUGUGCCAAGUUAUUAUCCACAUUUAACUUAACCGAGGAACCGAAAGGCAACGCAGACGAUGAUAGUGCAGCGGACAACUUCCUUCUAGAUGUCUACCAUCAUACCAUGUCAGAAGAAUUAAUAGACCAUGAUCUCAUGCUAGCUUUAAUCAAAUAUAUCCAUGUAAAUAUGCCAAAAGGCAGUAUCUUGGUCUUUUUACCCGGCUACGAUGAUAUAGUAACUCUAAGAGAUAUGAUCCAGUCUUGUUCAGACAUGAACAGUCAUAAGUACCAGAUUUUUACUCUGCAUAGUAACAUGCAGACAUUGGAUCAGAAGAAAGUUUUCAAUCCGUUACCUAAUGCGAGGAAGAUUAUAAUUUCAACUAAUAUCGCUGAGACCUCGAUUACGAUUGAUGAUGUUGUGUAUGUGGUGGAUUCUUGUAAGGUAAAAGAGAAGUACUACGAGUCAGGUGGCGGAGUAUGUUCCCUACAAUGUGUGUGGACGUCUCGCGCCGGGUGUCAGCAGAGAGCUGGCCGGGCUGGACGGACCGCGCCAGGGAAGUGCUACCAUCUAUGCUCACGACGACGAUUCUCCACCCUGCCACUAAACUCCGUCCCUGAAAUACUCCGCGUGCCUCUACAAGAACUUUGUCUGCAUACCAAGCUCUUAGCGACUGGCAACACUCCCAUAGCAGACUUCCUAUCCAAAGCCCUAGAACCACCUUCCUUCUUAGCCGUCAGAAACGCCGUCUCCUUACUCAAGACCAUCGGUGCUUUAACUCCAAUGGAAGACCUUACUGAAAUUGGACAACAUCUUCUAGACCUUACCGUGGAACCGAAACUAGGCAAGAUGUUGUUGUACGCGUGCGUAAUGAAGUGCCUCGAUCCUAUUCUAACGAUAGUAUGUAGUUUGGCCAAUAAGGAACCCUUCCAGAUAUCAAUGAACCCUGAAAAUAGGAAGAAGGGAAGUUUGGCUCGAAAGGAGUUCGCAGCGGACAGUUAUUCCGACCACAUGGCCUUGUUGAGGGCGUUCCAAGCUUGGCAGACUGCCAGGGCUAACGGGACAGAACGUGCAUUCUGUGCCAAGAACUUAAUCUGUGGUGCUACUAUGGAGAUGAUCGUAGGAUACCGGUCACAGUUACUGGCUCAGUUAAGAGCGCUAUGUUUAGUGAAAGCGCGAGGCUCAGGAGACAUAAAGGACGUCAAUCUGAACUCCGAGAAAUGGCACGUUGUGAAGGCUGUGUUAGUUAGUGGGUUAUAUCCCUCAAUAGCGCGCGUGGAUAGAGACUCCUCUACUUUGAGAACGUCGAAGGAAGUGAAGGUAGCCUUCCAUCCCAGCUCUACAUUACACCAGGGCGGGGGCAUCACUGGGUCACAGAAGUCUGUACACAACCUGCCCACUGACUGGGUGGUGUUUGAAGAGAUAUCCAGAGCUGGCAGGUUCUGUUUCAUUCGCUGUAAUACUUUAGUGACGCCAUUGACGGUAGCCUUGUUCGGUGGACCGUUGCGGUUGCCAAACUCUGCCUUGACGCAGCGAGCCAACCCGCCCGGACUGUCCAGUGACUCCGACAGUGAGGCGGAUGAGAACAACGCGUCCCCUGAUGCCGCUGUCAUAACUAUAGACGACUGGAUGGCCUUCACUACUGAUGCUGCAGACGCUCUCAACGUAUUCUACCUCCGGCAGAAACUCUGUGCACUAGUAAUACGUCGCAUGUCUAACCCAGCUAAACCUAUGACGCCUCUAGACGAGCAGAUACUAAGUACUGUAGUACAUAUAAUGGGCGCUGAGGAGAAGAACGUAGGUCUGAAUCAGCCGAGCGGUAUCGGACAGAGACCGAAACCUUUGACGGUAGACUCUCCGAACUGGCGGUCGAGGCUGGAGAAUGACGAGCAGUAUCGUCACGAAAAUAAGAAUUAUUACCCUCAGUAUAAUCAGAAUGAGGGCGGAUUUCCAGGAGGGAACUUUUAUAACAAUGCUUAUGGGGGGUAUAGGAAUGGUCAGGGUAGGCCUGGGGGAUGGAGGAACGAUGUUCCUCAGCCGUUUUCUCCUCAGUCGUACAGCGGUCCCAAGAGUCCGAUGUCCCCCAACGGCAAGACGUUGCUGGCCAACAUAGAGAAGUACGGCGAGGGCGCGGAGGGGGGCGCGGGGGGGGCGGGGGGCGCGGGGGGCGCGCGCUACUUCGUGUGUCGCGCGGACGACGCGCACGGCGUGGAGCUGGCGCAGGCCGCCGGCACAUACAGCUUCGCGCAGAACACGGCCAAGAAACUGCACAAAAUUAAACAGGAGGGUAGUCGCGUGAUAAUAUUCUUCGCAUGCGCGAGUGCGUUCAAGUUCAUGGGGUGCGCCGCCCUACAGGAGGGCGGAGCGCUAGAGUGGAUCACUACCGGACAUGUGCCUUUCCAUACUAUACGCCACAUCGGCAACUCCCUGGCGGGCGGGGCCCGCGUGUGUACGAUGCGCGACGGGGCCGAGAUCUGCGCGGGCGCGGGCCGCGCGCUGCUGGGCGCGCACCAGCGGCGCCGCCACCACCACCCGCGCGCCAUACAGAAACACUCCAACGACUCCUGACCGCCCCGACACACGCUGCGCAACUAACUACUUCCUAGGUAAGGGUGCACCACACCUAUCGAUCAAUCCCAUCGACAUUGGUCUUUAUCGUUUGGUAUGAUAGUUUUAAUUGAUCGAUUGUCUCCGAUUGACUAUCCAAGCGAUCGGUUGCAGAUCGAUGUCGUCGGUCGACAUUGAUCGGACGGACAGUGGUUGAUAAUGGGGAGCUCAGGCAGCUUGAGUGAUGUUGAAUUUUCCAUUCUACCAUCGAUCAAUCGUCUGGUAGAUAAUAUAAUAUAUAUUUAUAUUUUAUUUAUCGACGUCAACUAAUUCAUUCUAUGACUUCUUAUCAAUCGAUAGCAUCGAUCGACGAUCGAUCAAUUGGUGUGGUAACACUCUAAGUUAUCUAACUUAUGUACCUACCUUAACUUACGUACCUACUCGAUCAUAUGAACGAAUUUUUAUAUUAUAACUCAUUUGUGACAUGAAAUUAGUUGUGUUUUAAAGUUUACUCACGUUACUGGUUGACUGGUACAUUGAUUAUGUUUUACGAGGUAACUCGACUAGUUUCGAGACUAUGAUUAUAAGCACCUUACGCGACUUGAAAUUGGUCGCGUCACCUCGUUAAAUAGCUAUGUGAUUAGAUCGUAAAAUGUAAUUAAUUUGAUACAAGCGUCGUAUGAAUUUAUUUGUAAUUGAUUCAUGUAUGAAAUUUUCUUCAGCUUGAAAAUAUGGCAGUAAGAUAAAAUACAGCUGAGGGUUUAGUAUAAAUUCGUUUUACUUUUAAUGAGAUCGAAACGAGAGCGCGUUCGUUGCUCUGAUUGGCCGGCACCAAUGAACCAACUAAUCAGAAAAACGAAAAACAAAUUCGUACCGAGCCGUCUGAACUGUACUUGCUUACAAUACUAACAGUUUUUGAAGUAAAGUCGAGACUAGAUAAAAAUAAUUAUUAAGAUGGAAGUUUUUGUCUCCUUUCGAUUAUACAAAUGUCAGUUGCCCUAAUACUGUAACGAACUGUAACUUUCGUGAGACGUACUAAAUAAAUUAUUAUGUUUUCGGCUUACUCACGUAAUAAUUUGACGAGGAACUCGACUAGUUUCAAGCCAUGCUAGAAGCGCAUUGUACACACUCGGGCCCAGUAGCAGCGCGACAGUCGCCGCGUCGCGGGUCGCGGAAUGCUGCGUAUGAAUAUGAGCCUCUAG